CCGGAAUUUGGCGGUAGAUGCAAAUUCGUAAAUAAUCAGAAUAUAGAAGAAAUGUACACCAAAGAUGAAAGAGAAAUAGAAAAACUAAAGAGAGACAAAGUUAAAGCAGAUAAAAAGGGAAAUCUGAAAGAGGUUGCCUCUCUUGCAAAUUAUCUAGGAGAAUUACUUGCCAAAAAUGGCUUGUUUGAAGAAGCAAAGUCAGAACAUGAACAAGAGCUUGCGAUCAGUGAAGCCUUAAAUGACAGCAUUGGUGCUGCAGUCGCCUGUAGAAAGAUCGGAGAAAAUUACUGUGACCUACAAAACUAUGAAAAAGCUCUACAUUUUCAGCAGCGGCAUCUAAAUCUCGCCAAGAAAUGUGACAAUUUGAUUGAGGAACAGAGAGCAUGGGCAACCAUUGGGAGAACAUAUUUUAUCCAAAGUGAAAACAUGAAUAAUAAAGAAGGUUGCAAUGCAGUCUUACAAAAAGCACUGGAUGCUUUCCAGAAAAGUUUACAAGUUUGUGAGGAGCUGAAGAAGAAAGGAGAAGUGAAGGAAGUGGAAUAUUUUGAGAUGAAGGCUAGAUUGUACCUGAAUAUAGGUCUUGUACAUGAUGUCCUUGGAGACACAAAAGAGUGUGCAGAUAAUCUGAAGAGGGCAAUCACAUUGGCAGAACGUCACCACUUCCACAGUGAUCUGUACAGAUGUCAGACAUGCUUGGCUGCAAUGUACCAGCGCAAAGGGAAUCUCAGUCAGGCCUUGAGAUUUCUAGAAGCUGCUCAAAAAAUAGCUGUCAAACUGAAGGACAGGCAACUAGAAUGUGAAACCCUGACAACCAAGGCAUUGAUUUCCUGUCAGAUUGGAGAUUUCAGUGGUAGUAAGCAUGCCUUGAAAAAAGCCUAUAAACUCAGUCCAAGAGCAGAGGCAGAGAAUCUGAGGAGACUUUUUUGUUCAGUGUCCAAAUUAGAGGAAGCGACAGUGUCUUUAGAAGCAGCCCCCUCAACGCCUUGUGAAGAUAGACUGAGGUUGUUUGAAAGUCUGGGAGACUGUUCAGCUGAGGCGGGAAACUUUAAACAGGCCAUUGAUUACUAUCUGAAAAUGCUUCAGUGUGCCACAGAUCUCAGUAAACCAACAAAAGACUUCAUCCCAAUUUAUGUUUCUGUGGCACAAACAUAUGCUGAUGAUAAGCAGUACAAAAAUGCCAUCAAGUAUUACAUGAAAGAGAUGGAGGCAAGAGGGGAUGAUGAUGUACAGGUUUGUAAGACCCUCCUAAAUAUUGCCGAGAUCCAAUUUUCUGAUGGGGAAGGAUAUGAUGAUAUCAGCAAGACAUACCUAUCUGCAUACAAACAUGCCAAGAAAGCAAAACACCAUUUGUUAGAGUUUCUGGUCCUGAAAGCACUCACUGAUGUCCAGAAGAACUUCAAUCAGAAAUCACACCUUCAACAGACCACGGGAAAACUGAACAAAAUCAAGGAGAAGUAUGACAUAAGUAGUUCAGAUGAGCUGAGUGAUGAUGAGAGAGACAGUCAGAGGACGACAGCAGAGGAGGAGGAACUCAGUAUAUCAGAACUGUCAGAAUCGGAGGACAGUGAUGAAGAACUACCAGUAAACACAAACACUGUUACUACAGGCAGAGCAAGGCGAAACAAAGCUGCCACAAAGAGAAAUGAGAAAGGUGAAACACCUCUACAUAGAGCCUGUAUAGAAGGGAAUCUAAAGAAAGUGGAAAGACUUAUAGAACAGGGUCACCAAGUGAACCCCCGAGACUACUGUGGUUGGAUUCCCCUCCACGAGGCGGCCAACCAUGACCACUACGAGAUAGUGCAGUAUUUACUGGAGCAUGGAGCAGCAGUAAACGACCGGGGAUUUUGCAUUUUUGGGGGCGUACACUUUUUGUUAUUAAUGUGUGCUAAUUGUGGCAACAUGGAAAUUCUGGAGUUGCUGAUCUCCAAAGGAGCAAAUGUGCUGGCUAAGGAUGAUGAAGGAAACACAGCUCUCGACUGUUUGAGGGCUUGGAGACAGAGAUGUGACAACAUCACAGAUGACCUCAUCGCGAAAUUUACAUCACUAGAGCAAAAACUACAGAAGAGACUACCAAAUUUAGAUGCCCCAUCUAUUCAAGAAGAGAGACAAAACAUCCCCUUAUCACAGACAGCUGGAUCAAUGCCUCUUCUAAGGCAACCUAAAAGGAAGAGUAAUGGCUCUAGUAUGAGAAGAACUUUGUCCUCUGGUUCUGAGAGUGAUUAUGAAAUUCAAGAGGCAGAAUCCCUAGACUCCACAGAAGAUUCACAGGAUGCUUAUCCUAAUCCUCUACUGCAGAAAGAAAAACCCCCAAAGCGUGCCACAGAAUUCUACAAAAGUGCCAUAAAAGGUGUAGGAUUAAGUGCCACAAAAAUGGUAUCUGUUUCCCAGCCUUCAAACUCUAAACCGCAAAAAGAGAUACAGCCAUUUUUGGCAGAGGAGGAAAUUCUGGAUGAUGAUUGGCUGAUUGACGAUAUGAAACCAACCAAUAGAAAGAGGAGAUUGGAUGUUAAUGAUAUCUUUCCUAAAAGUCAGGUGCCCUCUAGUCAGAGAGGACCCAAGAGGAAAAAACAUUCAAAUGAGCAAGCUCAAUUAAGUGAUUUUCUUGAUAAUGAGAAUAUUGAAUCAGAUGCAUUGGUUGUGGCAGAAAAUCCAUCUCAAGAUAAUCAUAUUGCCAUUAAUGAAACUACAACUGGCAAUGAUCUUUUCUUGAUAAGUGAAAAUGAAAGCAGCAAUGACAGUGUAGAAAUUAGGCCAAGGUCAAGUCGCCUCUCUCGAAAACCAAAGCAAACAAAACUGACAAAUUUUGGAGUAAGAAAGUCUAACAAUUAUAUAUCCGAUGAGAAUUUAAUGGAAAAUACUACUUCCAUACAAGAUUCCAGAUUUCCAACAGAUGUUUCUUCAUCAGUUCGAUCUGGAGUUCCAGUCCCAGGUUAUGGACUCACCCUUCCUUCAAGUCAAUUGGCACCUGGAUUAUUGUCACAAUCCGUGGCUUUCCCAGUGGGAACACUUAGAGUUACAGUCAAGGAUAAGAAACUGUUGGUUCCAGUAUUCGAAAAGGACGUUAACAGUACUGUAUCAUGGCUGGCAGAAGAGACAGCUUCCAGAUACUACAAGCUCACUGGAUUACAGUGUGUCCUCAGCAUACAGCUAGGAGACGGAGCAGUCCUCAGUCCAGAUGAUCCAGUCACACUCCUGUUAUCAUCAAAUGAGGAGAUAAAGGGUGUAGUGGAGAGUUUGGACCUGGCACCGAUGUCACAGCAGUAUGAGCAAGCCUGUCAGGAGUUAUCCUGCAUAAGCUACAGAAACAUCAAGACCCUCCUUAUUCAGUCUGAUUCCAAUGGAGGCAAGCUGGACUUUCAGAACCUGGCUCUCCGUCCAAUACAGCUUAAACCUGUCUUCAAAGCUAUUCAGUUCCAGAGCAGCAUAACAGAGAUAUGUCUAAAAGCCAACAGACUGGGUGAUAAAGGCCUUGAGGACUUUGUAGUUGUUCUGAAAUCACUCAGUAAUCUGUGUACUCUGGAUCUCUCCUGUAAUGGUAUAACAAGUGUAGGACUGAAGACUUUAGCAGAUUGUGUCUCCUCCAUGAAAGAUGAAACUAAUGCACCAAAAAAUUUGCUGCACCUUUCCCUCAGUAACAACCUACUGGGAGACAACUGCUGUGCCUUACUGAACACAGUUAUCUCCUCUUUGUCAUCACUGGAAACAUUAGAGUUAUCCUCCUGUGGAUUCACAACAAAACUGUUUCAGCAAAACAGACUCAGUUUGGUAGACACAGUCAAAAACUCCAGUAUCCACACCUUAGAUGUAUCCUGCAAUACAUUGGGUUCAUUAGGAGUAGAACUGGUUCUGUGUUGUUUAAAUCCAAGUAAUCUGACCACCUUAAACCUGACUGGAACUGUUACAGCCAGCGGGGUGUUACAUUUGUUUCUCCACCAUAUUGAAAUGUUCCUCUCUCAGGACAGCUGUUCUUUGGCUGAUCUCACCUUGAGCUCUUGUCAGUUAAGUCUGGAGGAAAAAGAUAAACUUGUGAGGUUGUUAGCAGUUGGAAAAAAUAUCAAUCGACUUGACAUUUCCUGCAAUCCCAAACUGACCAAUGAGGUGGUUACAGCCUUGUUGUCUGAGUCAACAAAACACAGCUCGCCUCUGGAGGUGUUAAUCACUGAAGGAUGUACCAUCACGUCUCCGAUCAACUCGGAUUUCCUGGACGCGCUCGGGGAAAAGUUGGACAGUGCACGGCCUCUGACCUAUCUGAGCAUGAGCAGUGAUUUGUUGGAGAAACUAGACAUAGAGUGCCUGACGGAGGUGUGGACUCAGUACUGGCAGACAGGAGUGGGGGUUGUUAAGAACGUGUUAGAUGUUAUAGAGCUUUGUGUUGAUGAUAAAUAGUGUAUAUAAAAUGUUGGAUAUAUGUAAAAUGUUGGAUAUUUGUAAAAUGUUGGAUAUAAGAAAUCAAAUUAUUGAAUAUUUUUCACUCAAAGAGAUGUUGUGUAAGUACUGCCCCACCUGUGUGCUUGACAUUUAAAGUGCUUUUUUAUUACUAUAAUUAUUUUUAUGUUAUAUUUAUAGAAGCCUAUAAACACAAUCUACCUUUCCUUGAGAUUGUAUUUACAUGUAUAAAAGGUAGCCAGGAAUAAUCUUGCUGCAACAUAACUCAGGAUUGAUAUCUGAUUAAUUAAAUACAAUUAUAGCUUUGUUUGCUCUAU